AUGGACUAUUCUUCUAAUCCUGAAUAUGACGUCAUCAUCAUCGGCGCUGGCGUCAUGGGAAGUUCCACCGCCUACCACGCCGCAAAAACUGGCCGCAAAACCCUUCUACUAGAACAGUUCGAUUUCCUCCACCAUCGUGGCUCCUCCCACGGCGAAUCCCGCACCAUCCGUGCCACUUAUCCCCAAAAACAUUACUACGGUUUGGUAAUCAAAUCGUACGAUCUAUGGCGAGAAGCUCAAGCUCAAGCAGGGUUCAAAGUCUACUACGAGGCUCGUCACUUUGACAUGGCUCCGUCGAACAAUUCAACUUUCGUUUCCGUAGUUGAAAACUGCCGAGAAAACAACGUCGACUACCAACUCCUCCGCCGCGAACAAGUCGCCGAGAAAUUCGCCGGCAGGAUCGAUAUCCCGGAUGACUGGGCCGGUCUUUUGACAGAGCACGGUGGGGUGAUAAGAGCCACGAAAGCGGUGACGAUGUUUCAGACACUGGCGCGGAACCACGGUGCUGUUUUGAAGGAUAACACAGAGGUAACGGAUAUAAAAAACGACGGUGGGGUUGUCGUUUUAACUACGGCGAACGGCGAGAAUUUUCGCGGGAAGAAAUGUGUAGUAACAGUGGGAGCAUGGGCGAGUAAAUUAAUUGAGAAGAUUACUGGUGUUCAACUUCCGAUUCAGCCUUUGGAAACUCUUGUUUGUUACUGGAGGAUCAAGGAAGGGUAUGAAGGGAAAUUCGCAAUCGACGGCGAUUUUCCGACGUUUGCUAGCGAGGGUAAGGUUUGUUUGUAUGGAACUCCGAGUUUGGAGUAUCCGGGUUUGAUUAAAGUGGCGGUUCAUAGUGGUAACCCAUGUGAUCCGGAUAAGAGACCGUGGGGUUGUGCUGGUGUGAUGAUGGAUGAGAUGAAAGAGUGGCUUGAAGGGAGAUUUUGUGGGUUGGUUGAUUCAAGUGAGCCUGUGAUGAAACAGUCUUGUAUGUAUUCAAUGACACCGGAUGAAGAUUUUGUGAUUGAUUUCUUGGGUGGUGAGUUUGGGAAGAAUGUGGUUUUGGGUGCUGGGUUUUCGGGUCAUGGGUUUAAGAUGGCUCCGGUUGUUGGUAAGAUAUUGAGUGAACUUGUGGUGGAUGGGGAAACUAAUGAAGUUGAUUUGAAGCAUUUCAGGAUUGGAAGAUUUAGCGUGGCUUCUUAG